UAUAAAUGUAAAUAAUUGUUUUAUUUCAAUUUAGUAUAAGUAAAGAAAUAAUAUUGAAAUAUGUGCAAUGGAAGGUGGUUUGGAGAAGAAUUUUCAGUGGCUCGUUGUGUUACAUUUAUUGUUGAUACUCUACUCAUGUUUGGAGGUGUUGUGAUAUUCAUGAGUGGUAAACUAGUACGAGAAGAAAUAGCGAGCAAAUCAAGUUUCGUAAAUAACGUCUUGCGUCUUCUUCCCUUAUGUGUCAUGGUUAUCGGUGGUGCAAUUUCCAUCCUGUCUUUUCUAUCAAAUUGUGCAGCUUGUUGCAGAAAUGCGUGCUGCAUAAUAACGAUUAGUAUAAUUCUUUCUUGGCUGUUAAUUGUACAGAUUUCGAUAGGAAUCGCAUUGGUUAGAAAUAAAGAGAAGAUUUAUUAUAUAAUUGCUGAGAAAAUGCACGAAUCGAUGAAAAAUUAUUCGAAAGAUAACACAACCAAACACGAAUGGGAUAAAUUUCAAUCAACCAAAGCGUGUUGUGGAGUUGAAACUUUAACCGAUUGGUUAUUGGCUUUAAGGACUAUGAUUUUACCAGAAUCGUGUUGUUAUGGCUUUGGUACAGAACCAUGUAGUCCUUCAUUGAGAGGAUAUAAAAAAGUAUUUCAACAAGGAUGCUACAAUAGAUUGUUGUUUUAUGUGGAUAUAGCAAUAUAUAUGUACGUCGUAACGAAUUCUAUAGUAGGUCUACUUGAGCUAGAGGUUGUUAUAUACGGAAUAUUUUACGUUCGAGGCCACGAUAAAAGAAUAAUAUACGAAGAGUCUACGUCAUCGUCAACUACUUCCACUAUUUAAUUAAAUUUUAUUGGAAAAACCUAAAUGCU